AACAGCGUGCACGCGCAUCCAGUGAGGCCGACUCGAGCGAGUUUCCUUCCUGUCGGUGGGAAUCGAGAGAGAUCGUUCGUCUAACAACAACAUUUCAGUGCGGUUAACCGGCUAUGGGGACCCGUGACGACGAAUACGAUUAUUUAUUUAAAGUGGUGCUUAUCGGCGACUCCGGAGUGGGAAAGAGUAAUCUGUUAUCCCGCUUUACUCGCAAUGAGUUCAACCUGGAGAGCAAAAGCACCAUCGGUGUGGAAUUUGCUACCCGCAGCAUCCAAGUGGACGGCAAGACCAUAAAAGCUCAGAUCUGGGAUACAGCAGGACAGGAACGCUACAGAGCCAUCACAUCAGCGUACUACCGGGGUGCAGUUGGUGCUCUUCUGGUCUAUGACAUUGCUAAACAUUUGACCUAUGAAAACGUUGAACGCUGGCUGAAGGAGCUGCGGGAUCAUGCGGAUAACAACAUCGUCAUCAUGCUGGUGGGAAACAAGAGCGAUCUGAGGCACCUUAGGGCUGUUCCUACCGAUGAGGCCAGAGCUUUCGCAGAGAAGAACAAUCUGUCUUUUAUUGAAACGUCGGCUUUGGACUCCACAAAUGUUGAAGAGGCUUUUAAAAAUAUACUCACAGAAAUCUACCGGAUUGUAUCGCAAAAGCAAAUCGCUGACAGAUCGGUGCACGACGAAUCUCCUGGCAACAAUGUAGUGGACAUCAGCGUGCCGCCCACUACCGACGGGUUAAAGGGCAACAAAUUUCAGUGCUGUCAGAAUCUGUGACCCCUCCACCCCAAAUUGCAUCCCCAGUCUUGGGGUAUCUCUUCGGUUCCCCCAUAUUUAUCACAGCUUUGCUCCUGUGUGUUGUGCUAUGGCUAAGCUCUUUUCUCUGAAUUUUUUUGUCAUUGUGAUUUCCAGACUUAUCCUAGACGGCCCAUAAAAGCGUGAAUUUUUAGGUAACAUUCCUUUUUCUUUUUAUGAAGGGGGGUUACUUGUUAGUUUGUCUGUCGUUUUAUUUCCUUACUAUAAUCCACCGUCUGAAUUCAAUCGCUCGGCAAAACGUCUUUCUUCGGAAGUGAUCAUUUUGGGCGCUGAUCGUGUGAUCCGCUCCCGUGCAAAAGGGAUGGUGAGGGAUCAGUGUGUCAUCGGCUUCCGAUCUCUCUCUCAUGGUUGUUCUCUGGGGUCCACACUAAACGCCUGCCGUCUGUUGAGUCAGAUCCCAGAGGGAGGGCCUCUGACUUGGGCUUGAUGUUCUGCAGAAUAUGCUAGCUGGCGAAUUUAUCUCGUCUGGAUCGUGCAGAUACCAAAGGAGGGCUGCUAUCUUUGUUUCAGAUAGUUAAACACUUCCUGCUUUACACCCUCUGCCCUUCUUCAAUAUUUUAUGGCUGAGGGUGUGAACGUGUGCAGUUUGAUUAGUGCAUUCAGAUUGCCACAUAUAUAACCGUUAUGAGAAUGCAUCUCUUAAGCAUUUCAUGAAAAACACAAAUUAUUCAAAUAACAGUUGUGUAAUCAAACUAUUCAUCGCAUUGCUGAGGUAUUAUAGCUCUUCAAUGAAGACAUGCAGUGUUUUAGGUGGUUAAAUGUCUCACUGGUCUGUAAUAAUCAAUAUAUAUGCUGUUUUGACUUUGUGAUAAAUUGUAUGGAUAGUUCGGAAAUGCCUUAUGUUUUCCCAUACUGUUAUUAAGAUGCCUUUUUCGAGUGUGGUCAUGUCAUUUCACAUCCAUAAAGUCACAACAGCUGUUUUGCCUUUAAUCAGGUUACAUGAAAAUGGAAAAUAAACCAAAUUACUGUCACAAUUGGAAAAUGAGUCUUUUUUUGUCAUCUUUUUCGAUAUAUUACACAUAAUGUUAUGUCACAGGAAGUCUAAAUCUGUACUAUGAAUAAGUGUCAUGCGUUCCAUGGUUGGCAUGACUCAUUGGCACUGCUCGCUAUUUGCAAAUGUAUUUUUGUGUGUGUUGACUUUAAGUUGAACUCCGUUACCAACAUUUGUGAUGUGCUAUUGUUUUUUGUUUUUUUUAACAAAUGCAGUUAAGCUGAAUUUGCUGAAAGUCAAUGGGGCAACCGUUGUAGUCUUGCCACAUAGCAUUGUAUCUUGCAUUGUAAGUGCAUAACUGUCAUUGUUGUUUGUUUUACUAACCAAGUACUGUCAGAAUUGCUUUAUUUGGUAAUAAACCACAUCUCACAGA